GGCGAACUCAAAUUAGUGUAAUCAUAUCAUUCGUUCAUCAUUAGAGUGCCUCUUGUGGUAUCCUCGUUGUUUGACAUUCUCAAUCUUCAAUACAUCUUUACACUAAUCUGCUCACAUAUCUGUCUCAAUGUCUUGUCCCGAUUGCUUCCUUGGUGAGGUCUCUAAGGGCCAGCCAACUGGAAAGGAACUUGAAAUACAUGGCGUCCAAACCUACGUUACUGGGCCCGAAGCUGGUGUCAGUCCCAAGGGGAUCAUAGUCUACAUUACCGAUGCAUUCGGCUAUGACUUUGUGAACAAUCGAGUCUUAUGUGACCAGUAUGCUAAAAGGGGCUUUCUGGUCUACUGUCCAGACUUUAUGAACGGCCGCUCCAUGUCUCCUUCGAUUAUUGCUCCUAUGCAUACCAUCUUAGAAAAGAAGUCAUGGCUCUAUACUAUCUUCGUCAAGCCAUUCAUACUUGUCAAGGUCCUCUACCACCUGAUCCCCUGGUUUAUGACGUGCAGCAUCGCCAAGACGGAGGCCGGCGUAAUCAAAUAUUUCACGGCUCUUCGGACCUCGCCGCCUCCUUUCCAGACUAGAGACUUGAAGAUUGGCGCUGCCGGAUUUUGCUGGGGUGGAAAGCACACCGUCACCCUCGCACAAGACUAUCCAGAUCACCGCGUCACCCGACACUCAUCCCAGAGCACCUCCUCGGCCCCUGAACCGCUUAUCGACGCCGCCUUCUUAGUGCACCCAACCUUCAUCAAGGUACCGGAGGACAUUGACGCAAUUAAGAUUCCCAUCUCCUGGUCCGUCGGCGAAGAGGACUUGCAGAUGAAGACUGAUGAUAUCAAGAAAAUGAAAGCUAUUCUCGAGAGCAAGCAAGACGCUGAGCACGAAGUCAUACUUAUUCCGGGUGCCAAGCAUGGCUAUGCAGUCCGCACCGAUCCUGAGGAUAAAGUUCAAAUGGCAGCAGCGGAGCAGGCGGAGCAGCAGGCUGUGUCGUGGUUCUCGCGGCGCUUCACUCGUACACCUCGUACCGAUGCUUCUCCCGUCGUACAGCGACCUGCCCAGGAUCAUUCAGCGAGCCUUUCUUCGGAAUCUUGAAUAUAAAUCGUGGCAACUUGCCCAAAGAUUGACCGGUCGGUGGUGAUUGAAGGAUAUCAUCUGUGUGGACUUGUUUACCACUUCAAUCCGAGCGUAACCGAACAAGAAGACUCAUGAGGUGAUAAUUAAAGAGUUCAUGAAGCGUAGUAUAUGCACAAGAGUUCCUCGUAUGCAGUGCUUCUUGUAAUAACGUGAAGGAUUUUGAUGUUAUAACCUUGGAAUGGCUUGAGUAGAAUGCGAACUUUACUGUAGAACAGGAAACUAGGAGGGCGCAGCUAUUAACGUCACUGACAACAGCCAGAGGAUUAUAAUUUAGGGUCUUAGUUCUGUCCAAAUCUUAUUUGCGACGCGUUGUUUAAUCUAACUAGGCGUUCGAAUCUACUCAUGUCGCUUUGGAG